CAAAUCUUUGCCUGGCCGCGUGUGUUAGCCUGUUAGCUUAACGCUCCACCGUGGACACCCUCCUCCCCUCCUCCGGCUGCCUGUUACUUUAAAUUUGGCGUCACGUCCACCUCGGUAAAUCAACCGGUUGCCGCGGCUGGGGGCGCAGUGUCUGGGGCUGGGGACCCACCCUGGUGCCACGGACGGUCCGCGGCUGCUGGAGCGUCGCUGUGUUGCGGAGGACGCUCUUCACAGAGCGGAAGAUGGCGACUGUUUGGAGGCUGCAGAGGAACCUCCGGAGCUGAUACCGGGGAGGAGGAGAGAAGAGACACACUCAGAGACCACAGAACACCACGUCUAAAACAACGACAACAAUGUCCCGCUCCCCUGACAAUGAGGAUGGAUGCUUUGUUGCCAUGGAUACGGAAGACGAUGGUACAGAGCCUGCUGGGAUAACAGAGGAAGUAGAGGCAAAGAUGGGGUCCUGCCGACAAGAAGGGAACAUGGACAGUGGUGCCAAAGGAGGAGGGAGAACAAUGAUGGAGUUGCCAGAGGAAGUUCUUGAAUAUAUUUUGUCCUUCCUCUCACCUUACCAGGAGCACAAGACUGCUGCGCUUGUAUGUAAGCAGUGGUAUCGCCUCAUUAAAGGUGUUGCUUAUCAGUGCUACCAUGGUUUCUUGAGAGCUGUCCAGGAGGGAAAUAUCCAGUGGGAAAGUCGAACAUACCCAUAUCCAGGAACCCCUAUUACUCAGCGCUUCUCACACAGUGCAUGUUACUAUGACUCAAACCAGUCCAUGUAUGUGUUUGGGGGUUGUACUCAGAGUAGCUGCAAUGCUGCCUUCAAUGAUCUAUGGAGACUUGACCUCAACAGCAAGGAGUGGAUCCGCCCUUUAGCCUCAGGCUCUUAUCCAUCUCCCAAAGCUGGAGCAACUCUAGUGAUGCACAAAGAUCUGUUAGUGCUCUUUGGGGGAUGGACUCGCCCAAGCCCUUAUCCACUGCACCAACCAGAAAGGUUUUUUGAUGAAAUCCACACAUACUCUCCUUCAAAGAACUGGUGGAACUGUAUCGUAACAACACAUGGACCUCCACCCAUGGCUGGCCACUCUUCCUCUGUAAUUGGAAACACCAUGGUGGUGUUUGGGGGAUCUUUAGGAGCACGUCAAAUGAGUAAUGAAGUCUGGGUUCUGGAUCUUGAACAGUGGUCCUGGUCCAAACCACCCAUAUCUGGCCCUUCACCACACCCACGAGGAGGCCAGUCACAAAUUGUCAUUGAUGAUCAGACGUUGCUCAUCUUGGGAGGAUGUGGUGGCCCGAAUGCACUCCUUAAAGAUGCCUGGCUGCUACACAUGGAUGCGCCACCAUGGAGAUGGCAGCAGCUGCAGGUGGAAAAUGAAGACCAUGGAGCCCCAGAGCUUUGGUGUCACCCAGCUUGUAGAGUGGGUCAGUGUGUGGUGGUUUUCUCACAGGCUCCAUCUGGCCGUGCACCACUCAGCCCAAGUCUUAACUCUCGGCCCUCCCCCAUAAGUGCCACACCUGCCCCUCUGGGCCCCGAACCGCCUUCCUUGCGCUCUCAGUCCCCUGUUCGGAGUGGGGCUGCCGGUGUUGUCCUGGGAGCUGUUGAAGAGGCUCCGUGUGUAAAUGGUCGAUGGGGAACAUUGAGACCUCGGCCUUCAGCGAGAGGGAGUGCCAGAGAUGGAAGCCCAUCCUCAUCCCAACAGCCGUCUCCUUCACAAGGCCCAGACAGCCCUCCUCUUCCACCACUUCCUCCAUUAUUAAAUGGAUCCUCCCCUUCACCCCGGACCAGCCCAGCCCAGGCUGCAUCUCCUCCUUCCCGCCCUCACCCGCCUGCCUCCACAGACUAUGGUUGGGAGUCUCCCCCUUCUGCCUCUCACCAUGUUGAGGUCCCCAGCACUAACGGCCUACAUACGCCUCCUGUAGGCUCCCCACGCACUCCCCCAGGCGCAGUGUCCCCCGCUGCCUUACGACGAGGUCUGGAGGCAGUGAAAAACAAAUCUUCCUCAUCUUUACCAUCGUCUUCUUCAUCGUCUUCCCUUCAAACACAGGGAGCUUCUCCUGGAGGAGGAGGAGGAGGAGCAGCAGCCGGUCCUCCUGGAACCCCUCCCUCAUCAUCCUCCAGCCCUCCACAGGCCGCUGGAGCUGAUGGACAUGCUAUCCCACCUAUUGCACGGCGUCUCGGUCAUCACCCACCUCAGAGCCUGAACGUAGGCAAGCCUCUGUACCAGUCUCUCAACUGCAAGCCCAUGCAGAUGUACGUACUGGAUGUGUCACGGGCCAAAUCUGCUGGGGUGGUGUCCUGGAGAGUUUACGGGAACGGGACUCCUGCAGCAGUUACAGGGCCCCCGGAGACCAGCCUUCACACAGUGGUACAGGGCAGGGGAGAGCUCAUCAUUUUUGGAGGCCUCAUGGACAAAAAACAGAAUGUGAAGUACUACCCUAAAACCAACGCCUUGUACUUUGUACGCGCUAAAAGGUAAUGCAGCUCCAGGUGGGAUUGGGAAGACAGACGCUUCGCCCUGUGACCACACAAGGGAACUGACACACAAGGCCUUUUUCCUAUAGAGAGGAUUAUGGGAAAAAAACAUAAUCAUUGUUAGAUGUUCCACUUCAGAACUUCACGAUCCCCCUUCUGCCUACUGCAAGCAUUCAAUAUAAAACACUUUAACUACACUUUGAUAAAAACAUUUGGUUGAGUGAGAAUCUUGGCUGUGUGUGUGUGUGUGUGUUUGUGAGUGCAGUGAUUAGAGAGAACAGGACAUUUCUUGUUGUUCCCCAAAAGGUGAUCAACCAAACAAUAACAUUUCUGUUUUUCUGUGUCACCCUCCUCUGAACUCUUGAAAGAGGAACUAUGGAAGAACGGACACUGUUGACAGAAACGGUUGACCUUGCAUUUUGUAUCACUCUUUAAGCCUGCAAUGUUUACAUUGAAAACGGUGUGAGUGUGUGUGUGUAUGUGUGUGUUAUGUGUGCACGGUGGUGGUUAAAAGUUGUUGACUAAUGUGUGUCGGGGGCCAUGGUGGGUGAGAGAGAUGGCACUGUACUAUAAACAUAGUUAAACAAUAAAGGCCUCCAUGUCUGCUCUGUCACAGUCUUAA